CAUGGAGUGGAUCUGAUACAUGGAAGAAACCAAAUAUAUUAUCAAGGGUGUUAAGCAAUAGGAUAAAAUUGUCCAUCAAUCCUUAAGAUAGUUUCUUCCUUUUAAUAUACCAUUUCUAUACCCUUUUGUGUUGAGAAUGAGUAAUUAAUAUUAAUGUUAAAACAAGGAAUAUAAGGACCAGUCGAUGCUCAUCCGACGGUGACCCACAUAUUAAAACAUUUGACAACGUCUAUUACGACCAUUACUUCAUUGGCGAUUAUGUGUUGGUGGAAAGUAAGGCACGCUUGUUUCAGGUUCAUGUGAGAACACGCCAGUGUGACAGUGUUGCGUGUAAUUGUGGAGUAGCUGUAAGAGAAGGCAACGACGUCAUUGUUAUUGAUAUGUGUCAAGACAAUAUCCCUCGGGUGAGAUUUGCCAGCACAGAUGAACCACAAGUCGGAACGACCAUAGAAAGAAAUGAUAAUGGCAAAAUCUUUGUUGUUAACUUUCCUUCUGGAGCAUUUGUAAAAUAAUGAUUCAAGCAAUAAAUUGGACAAAUCAUUGGUUAGCAAAUAUACAGGUCCAAGUCCCAUCGGAUGAGUAUGAAAGUACCGCAGGACUGUGUGGCAAUUUUGAUGUUAAUACGAAAAACGAGAUGGAGGCUAAAGAUGGAACGGUUUUUACAGGAAAGGAACAUCAGAAAAUUUUUACUGAAAGUUUAAAGUGGGUAUUUUAAGUAACUGCCUAUUUUAUUGAAGUUUCUAAUACCUAGCAAUGAUACGAAAUCGCUUAUAAUUUCCGUAGAAUCCCAGUCGGUGAAAGUUUAUUUUACUACAAAGGAGGUCAUUCAAAAUGUUUACAUAGUCGUGCUGACAAAUAUGGCGUAUGCGGAAAAAACAAGGUCAUAGAACGCCUGAAUAAAUUUUCUGAUGGACCUAAGUACACACACGAAAACGCAGUGGUGAUAGGAAUUCAGCAUCCAAUUUUCGACCAUUGUCAUCGUCGUGAAAAACGUUCUGUUGCUGAUAAAAGUUUCAUUACUUUGCCAGAUGAUGGAGACACAGGAAUAUAUAUUUACGAUCCCAAACAAAGUAAGGGUACGAUAGCAGAUUUUCCAACUAAAACUGGAAAAACUAGAUCCGGUACGGAGUACAAAUGCACGAAAGCGCUUCAAGAGUUGUCUGCAGGAAAGGCCUGUAUGAGCCAGAUAAAAGGAUAUGAUAUUAGUGGAUUUGUUGAUCAAUGUGUGUUAGAUGUACAGGUAACUGAUGAUUAUGAAGUUAGCACUGCAUCAGCUAUUACUGCAAUGACUGGUGAUUGUGAAGAAAUAACAUUAAAAGAAUUAAAAUACUGGAAAAAGGAUUCCACUGGAGUAGUAGUACCUCCUGAAGAGAUUGGAAGCAGCCUUUGCACAAAUGAGUGCAGUGGUCAUGGAACUUGUGAAAAUGCCACGUGCAUUUGUAAAGAAGAUUACAUUUCUUCGGACUGCUCAAUCAAAAAAGGACAAAGUCCAAGGCUAUAUGGAAUACCAUUUCACGGGCUUUGUGAUAUCCGAAAAAAGAGAUUGCAUUCGUACAAGAGUCAAGGGAGCAGAUUUUAUUGACUCAAAGAAUUUGUCGUGUCACAUCACAGAAGUAAUUAUCAGUGACAAGCCAUAUGUUAUAACGAAACGCAAUAGCACAAUUGGUGGUCAAUUACUCAGUUUUGGUGAAAUAAGUUGCUUCAUGCCUCAGACACCUGUUGAAAUUAAUGGAAAUCCUGCAACAUCUUAUGGAAAACCAACUGGAGGAUUUCUUAUCAAAGUUUCAAAUAACGGUGUGAACUUUACUGAAAACAGCGCAUUGUUUUUAGUUUAUGAUUCAAAAUGCAUGGAGUGUAACAAAAAUUACAAAAGUUGUUUUCAAAAGCGAAAUUCCUGCAAAAUAAGAAACUACUGCUUUGCACAUGGUGACGCAAAUCCAAGUGACUGGUGUCAGAUUUGUAAUCCAGCACAAUCUCUGACAGGUUUCGUCAAACGAACAGACAACAAACCUCCUGUUUUCAGUGGUACCAACCUUAAUCUAAGGUCAUUUAGAAAACAAAAGUGGAGACAUGUGAUAUCCGCAUCUGAUCCAGAGAUGCAGAGAUUGCGUUACGAACUUGUUGGUGAAAAUUAUGGUAUGACAGUCUCUUCACAUGGUGUUUUAACAUGGCAUCCAACAAAAGCUGGAAGAUAUGAAUUUAUAGUGAAAGCAAUCGAUCCAUGCGGGUUAAGCACCACACGAAACUUUGUGAAUGAUGUAGAGAUAUGUUCAUGUGAAGGACAGAAUGGUGGGAUAUGCAUAUGACAGGGUGACAAAAGUGUUUGCAAGUGUCCCGAGGGAUGUAAAGGAGAAAGAUGUGAUGAAGCUGCAGACGGAAAACUUUGCAAGAUAAAAAAAACUACAGUUGAGCAGGCUUCCACUUCUGAUAACACCAUCACUGUAAUUGUUGUGCCUGUCGUGGGUGCAGUCAUUUUAAUUUUGGCAAUUUUGGGUGCCAUUUUUCUGUUGUACCGGAAGCAGCAUAGACAAUCGCUAAAUAUCAAAUCAACAGUUAAUCAAACAUCUGACAAGAAAGCCAAACUUGAUAAUAAUGGAGUGGUUGCAUACAAUUCAGAUGGAAGCGAUAAAGUAGCUAUCGGCGGAUUCAGGAAGAAUGUUGCCUUAGUCAACGAGGGCUACUCGAAUUGAAAAAGGGACAUUGCGUAUUUUAAUUGUUACUUAAGAACUUGAUUACUAAGUGAUAUUGAAAUGACUAUUUAAUCAUCUUUAAAAAAAGUUUGAAAAUAUAUUAAUAGAAAAUAAUUCAUGUGAGGAAUAAGACCAAGAAUGAUUUUUAAUAUAAUUUAAUCCUGUGAUCAUCAUCAGUUCUGAAAAAACAUUAAAAGUUGAAUUAGAUUACAGAAUUCUAAAGCGCCAUGUAUACUUUUAUGCACAAAUUAAUUACUGUAGGUACGAGAAACAAAAAUUUAAAAGUGGUAUUAAUCCUUAAAUAGCCACCAUAGGCACAAUGUUUUUACCAAAUCAAAAAAAUAUCUAAUUGCAUCUUUAAAACGAUGUUUCACAUUUCAUUUGAUUAUGCGUAUUUUAGAACAUAUUUGGUAUUAUAAAACAAUUUAAAUAGUUAAUUUGAACAGUCAUUGUUGUUGUGUUUCAAUCAUGGCUAAAUUAGUAGUAACACAGAUAAGAGUGUUUUUUGUCAAUUUGACUGACCUAUGGUUCAAAAAGAUAAUUAAAAAGAAACCUACAAUGUUUAUACAGGAGGGUUUUAAAAAAUUAUUGAUAAUAUAUGAAAAGACAGUGUCGCCCUUCGGAAUGAAUAGCCACUCUUACCAAAUUAAGUUUCUCUUUUUAGCUAUCUGUCAUUUUCUUUUGUGUGACAUACAUAAUUCUUUUUGGCGCCAAUAAUUAGUUUUUAGUUUAUUAUUUAAUGUGUGUAAUGCUUUCAAAAACGUUUGACUGCUACAUAAUUCUUUUUGGCGCCAAUAAUUAGUUUUUUAGUUUAUUAUUUAAUGUGUGUAAUGCUUUUAGAAACGUUUGAUUGCUACAUAAUUCUUUUUGGCGCCAAUAAUUAGUUUUUUAGUUUAUUGUUUAAUGUGUGU